CGGUCGGCCAGCACGCGCGUCGACGCGAGCUCCACGCGCUCUACAAGAUGGCGCGGACUUUUAUUUAUAUACACUUUCUAACGUUUAUGGCGAUCACAUCGGCGCAGGAUUACUACCACACACCCAGGAUAGGAUCGCAGAAACUAGCUUCGUGCUAUAAUAACGACGGACAGCCGCAAAGAUGUAUUCCAGAAUUCGAAAAUGCGGCUUUCAUGGUUCAAAUGGAAGCAACCAACACUUGCGGAGACAACGGUGUCAAGAUGUAUUGCAUUCAAACAUCUGCUGGCACAUCCUCUAGGUCCUGUGAUUAUUGUCAACUUGGCCAGUUUUCAAGUUACUACCUCACUGAUUUACAUUAUGAACAAGAUAACCUUACGUGGUGGCAAUCAGAAACUAUGAAGGAAGGCAUUCAAUAUCCCAAUCAAGUGAAUUUGACCUUACACUUAGGCAAAGCAUAUGAUAUCACUUACGUGAGAAUAGUGUUCUAUUCACCAAGGCCGCAGAGUUUUGCUAUUUACAAGAAAUCAAGCGAGGAUUCGGAUUGGGAGCCAUAUCAAUAUUUCAGUGCAUCAUGCCGUGACACAUAUGGCGUCCUGGAACAACGCGCCGCUGAGAUGGGUGCAGAAACCAGAGCCCUUUGUACCAGUGAAUAUUCCGACAUUUCUCCGCUAUCAGGUGGAAAUGUACUGUUCUCGACCCUUGAAGGAAGACCAUCAGCUUAUACUUUCGAUAGUAGCCCAGAAUUACAGGAAUGGGUAACCGCGACGGAUUUAAGAAUUUCCCUCGAUCGCCUCAAUACUUUUGGAGACGAGAUAUUUGGUGACACGCAAGUGUUGCAAUCCUACUGGUACGCCAUAGCAGAUGUUGCCGUCGGCGCUCGGUGUAAAUGUAACGGCCACGCUUCGGUCUGUGACACUCAUGAAUUGUCAGACGGGAGCAGGGCCAGAUACUGCAGAUGCGAACACAAUACAGCUGGACGAGAGUGCGAGAGGUGUUUGGACUUCUACAACGAUGCCCCGUGGGGCCGUGCAUCGCCCACUAACGUACAUGAAUGCAAAGCUUGCAAUUGCAAUGGAUUUUCAAACAAAUGUUACUUCGAUAAAGAUUUGUAUGAACGGACGGGGCAUGGUGGCCACUGUAUAGAUUGUUCUGAAAACAGAGACGGUGCUAAUUGUGAACGUUGUAAGGAGAAUUAUUUCCAAGGAACUGAAGAUAUCUGUAUGCCUUGUAACUGCAACCCAACAGGUUCUCGUAGUCUUCAAUGUAACGCGGAAGGUAAAUGUCAAUGCAAACCGGGUGUUACCGGUGAAAAAUGUGAUGUAUGCGCACCAAAUCACUACGACUUCACGAGCCAAGGUUGCAAGCCUUGUGGUUGCAAUGAGUCUGGGUCCUUUGCAAACAGUCCCCAAUGUGAUCCGAUUACUGGUAUAUGCUUAUGUAAGCAGAACGUAGAAGGAAAACAAUGUAGAGAGUGUAAACCUGGCUUUUUCAACUUAGAUCUGGACAAUGAAUUCGGUUGUACUCCCUGUUUCUGUUUUGGACAUUCUUCGCAAUGUAGCUCAGCCCCUAAAUACCAGGCACAUGAGUUAAGUGCGCAUUUUAUCAGAGAUUCUGAAAAAUGGUCUGCGGAAAAUAAUGACAGGAAGCCUACACAGCUCCAGUUUAAUGCUAACACCCAGAAUAUAGCCGUUUCUUCGUUGGGUUCAGAAAUUGUUUAUUUCGUUGCAUCUAAUCAGUUUCUGGGAGAUCAAAGACUGUCUUAUAACCAUGAUCUUAAAUUUACACUACGUUUGGGAGAAAACAGAGGUUAUCCUUCGUCACAAGAUAUAAUUUUGGAAGGUGCUCACAGUUCUAUAUCAAUGAAUAUUUAUGGCCAAAAUAAUCCGGAGCCCUCAGAUAAGGAACAAGAAUACAAAUUUAGACUGCAUGAAGAUCCGAAAUAUGGCUGGACUCCAACCCUAUCCAACUUCGAGUUCAUGUCGAUUUUGCAAAAUCUUACAGCAAUUAAAAUAAGAGGAACAUAUAAUAAAGGUGGCCAAGGUUAUCUCAUGAACUUUAAGUUGGACACAGCUAAGAUAGGACGUGAAAAGGGCUCCGAUCCGGCCAAUUGGGUUGAGAAGUGUUCAUGUCCCAAAGCUUACGUUGGAGAUUACUGUGAGGAAUGUGCUCCUGGCUUUAAACAUGAACCAGCAAAUGGUGGACCUUACUCUACCUGUAUUCCAUGUGAUUGUAAUGGUCACGCUCAUAUUUGUGAUACAGCAACUGGUUUCUGUAUUUGUAAGCAUAAUACCACUGGUAGUAACUGUGAGUUAUGUGCAAAAGGAUUUUAUGGGAAUGCGAUAGCGGGUACGCCUGAUGAUUGUAAGCCUUGUCCCUGUCCAAGAGACAGUGGCUGUAUUCAGUUGAUGGACCAGAGCAUAGUUUGUACAGAUUGCCCUAAUGGAUAUGCUGGACCAAGAUGUGAAGUGUGUGCUGACGGACAUUUCGGUGAUCCAACUGGCCAAUUUGGAGCUCCCAAAGAAUGUGAAGAGUGUCUUUGUAAUGGGAAUGUAGAUCCAAAUGCAGUAGGAAACUGUAAUAGAACCAGUGGUGAAUGUCUUAAAUGUAUUUACAACACUGCAGGCGAACAUUGUGACAAAUGCUUAAGUGGUUAUUACGGAGACGCGCUUGAUCAGAAGAAAAAAGGCGAUUGUAAGCCGUGUGAAUGUCAUGAAGCUGGAACUUUGGAGAGUCCUGAAGGUCCUCCACAGUGUGAUGGUUUAACCGGAUUUUGCUCUUGUAGAUCCCAUGUAAUAGGUAGAAAUUGCGAUAAAUGUGAGGAUGGCUAUUACAACAUUAAUUCUGGUGAAGGAUGUAAGGCCUGUGAUUGCAAUCUAGAAGGUUCUUACAACGCAUCAUGCCAUCCCGUAACUGGACAAUGUUACUGUAAACCGGGUAUUGAUGGCAUUCACUGCGAUCGCUGCCGUGCGUAUCACUACGGGUUCUCGAUAGAGGGCUGCCGUGACUGUGAUUGUGAUGAGUGGGGAUCAACGGACUAUCAGUGUGAUAAGUUCGGCCAAUGUUCCUGCCAAGAGAACGUUGAAGGGCGCCGCUGUGACAGAUGCAUGGAAAACAAAAAGCGACGUGCAGACGGUCAGGGAUGCGAAGAUUGUCCUCCAUGCUAUAAUCUUGUUCAAGACGCCGUCAAUCAACACAGGCAGCAACUUAAGGAAUUGGACGACAUAUUAGCGAAAAUUUCGAAAGCGCCAACGGUUGUUGAAAAUGCUGAUUUUGAUAAUGAGCUGCAACGUGUGAGACAAGAAAUCGAUAGAUUAGUGCAGGAAGCUCGAGAUCAACUUGGAAAUGGCCCUGGUACAAGUCUCACUAAUAAUUUGGCGGAGCUUGCAGAUCGACUCUCAGAUGUUAGAAAUAUGCUUUACAAAAUUGAAGACGAAAGUUACGAAGGGAAUGAAUCUGUUGAAAGAAGUAAAGGCAACGUAUCGAAAGCUGAAGAUACAAUUGAAGCAGCACAGAAAGAAAUCAAUAGUGCUUUGGAAUAUCUUGACGGUGAAGGUGCAGCUGCAUUAGCUAAGGCACGAAAUAGAUCAGAUCAAUUUGGUAAACAGUCGGUUGAUAUGUCUGCACUUGCGAAAGAAUCCAGGCUCCUUGCAGAGAAAUUGGAAAAUGAGGCAAAGAAUAUCAGAGAUAUAGCUGAGAAGGCGUUCAACACUUCCAUAGCGGCUAAUCAAAUUGCAAAAGAUGGCAUUACUAAACAAGCAAAUAUAAGCAAUGAAGUGCAAAUGUUGGCGAAUGAAUUAAAUGCGGCAGCUGGAAAAUUAAGUAGCUUGUCUGAACUCGCAGACCAAGCUCUGAAGCGAGCGAGAACUGUAUACGAGGAAGCUCUAGGUCUAUAUGCUGAAGUCAACACCACUUUAUUACCAGAUAUAAAACUUAGUAAAUUGCAUCACGACUCACAAGAAAUGAAUAAAACUAUCGAUGAAAAAUCAGCAGAAUUAGACCAACUAAUAGCAAAUAAUGAAGAAACCCUUCGGGCUAUAGUUAAUGCAGUAAAUCAGGGCAGGAGUCUCUUAGAUCAAGGUCAAAAUCGACAGGACGAAUUAAAUGAUCUGCUUGCUAGAUUGGAUGAAUUACAAGCUCAAGCGAAAAAUGAUGUUGAGCUAACAAAAGCAACAUUGAAAGACGCUAAUGAAAUAUAUCAAACAUUGAAAGAAUUCAGCGACCAAGUAACAGAAUCUCGUCAACUUGCCGAACAGGCUGCAUUGGAUGUUCCGGAGGUUCAAUCCAAAGUAGCCGCUGCUGAAGAAAGCAUUUCAAGCAUAACUGAAGAAUUGAACAUCGCCAGCGACAAAGCCAAAGAAGCGAGAGACUUGGCACAACAAGCUCAAAAAGAAUAUGCUGAUAAGGCAUCAGAGGCAGCUCAUGAAAUUAGAAAGAAAGCGUCGGCAUCUCGCACUGAAGCUGGUAAAUUGAGGGAUGAAGCCGAGAAACUGUCCACACGGGUAAAAGGAACGGCUCAACAAAUAGAAGACUUAGAAAAGCAGGCGAAAGAUAAUAUGCAACUCACUAAGGACGCGAAGAUGAAGGUUGGACAAGCAAAUACGGAUGCGAGAGAGGCUGAAAAGCAAGUCACUAAAGGACUAGAAGAUCUUAAAGUAAUAAUGGAUGAAUUGCAAAAUUUACCAACACUGGACGACGAGGCGCUUGAUAGAUUACAGGAAAGCCUCGAUAACGCCGAACGAGCCCUCAAAGAACAAGAUCUUGAUGGUAAAAUAAAAACAUUGGUCGAAGCCAAGAAUAAUCAUCAAAGGUGGAUCAAGCAGUAUGAAGAUGAACAUGAUCUCCUUCGUGGGGAAGUGAACAACAUCAAAGACAUAUUGAACCAACUACCAGAUGGUUGCUUCAAGAGAAUCGUCCUGGAACCUACUGAAGGUCCGAGUAGGCCGGUGAAUUACAGAUAAAAACAUAUUAUUUCACGUUUAAAUACACCCUCUAAACUAUAAAAUUGUUGAAAUGAAACAUUCGUUUGUUGGAUUAUUUUUAAUGGAUUAUUAUUAACUUUGUUAUAAUACAUAAAUAAACGAUACAAAAAUGAAUAUACACGAUUCUCGGAUAAAAGUUUCAUACAAUUAUGUUUACGUUACGUUAUUCAAGAUACAUCUCCAUGUUUGUACUUAAACUCAACACACUUUAUAAAGCCUCAGACGCUAGAAUCGAUCGAUGUUCUGGUCAGCUUUAAUCUGUUUACAAUAAUAUUUAUAAAGCAUUUUACAUGUCGUCAUAAUGUGUCUGAUAAAAUAUUUUUUUAAUAUUAAUUUUUUGUGUGUUAAGGAUAUAAUAUUGUAAUGGAAUGGACUUCUUAACGCUUAUCGUUUUUAGAUGUAAGUACAUUGAUUACUGAGAAUGCAUUUACUUUUAUAACUAUUAGACAUUUUUAAAUAAUGAUAAAACAACUGCAGUUGUUAGAUUUAUAAAUAUAUAUGAUACAAUAUGACACACAAGUUUUACAACAAAAUAAAGAAACAAACCAAUAAUUUAUGUGCCUGUAUCUCUAAUACUUAUUUAGUUCAGUAUAGAGUUGCAUUUCGCUCGAUCUUAAAUUUCAACAUUUUGUAGGUACUUAGCCAUAUGAUCGUCAAAGGAUACAGUAAUAUUAAGAUAUAUGCAAUUAAUAUGUACUUAUAGAGGGAAUAACAAUAUGCCUUGUGUGCCAUACUUAACUGGUACAUUGUAAAUACUUAUAAAUAUCUACAUUUAGUAAAAAAUGUUUAAAUAGAUUAAGAUCUUUUAUAAUAUAUAUACUUUUUUAUAAUUUGGAUCAAAAUUAUUCCUACACAAGUUUCGCCAAAGAAAUAAAUGGAUGAAUGUUAGAAUAAUGAAGAGAUCAAUUUUUGUGACAUCAUUUGCGUUUCACAAGGGUUUGUGUCUAUUAGAGAUUAUUUAUUUGUAAUACAAUUAUUAAUAUGCCAUU